AUGUCUGACUUGUACAAGGCAUUUUUGAAGAGGACCAAAGAUCAAGAUGCGACACUUCGGCUGGUUAUAGAAGACGAGGAAGAUGAGGAGAAUGAAACCGUGGCUAAUAUACCUACCAACAAGUAUUUCAGGGAAGACCAAGAAACGAUUGAUCGGUAUCGAGAAUUCAAAUCUACAACAUUUACUAGGAAUAUACUAUGUAUGGAGGACCGGAAAAUUUGUACUUAUUUCAAACCGUCUACGAAACCCGGGGCAUUGCUAGUAUGUCAUCAUGGAGCAGGCUCCUCGUCGAUGACCUUUGCCGAGCUAUCACGAAGCUUUACCGACGAUUCGAUAAGUAUACUUUUAUUUGAUAUGAGGGGCCAUGGUGAUUCACAACAAGUUGAUUUGAAUUUUUCACUAGACAUGUUAGUACUGGAUGUCAAGGAAGUCAUUUCGGAUGUCGUUGAGAGGCAUAGCCCCAUGUCAAUAUUCUUAUUGGGUCACUCUCUAGGUGGUGCUGUUUUUGCAAAGUACGCCACGGAGUACCCAAACGAUUUGAUAAAGGGACUCAUUUUGUUGGAUAUAGUGGAAGAAACAGCCGUGUCGUCGUUAAGUGCAAUGCCGCAGUUCAUUUCUCGAAUGCCCUUGAAAUUUACGUCACUAAGAGAGGCAAUACAGUGGCAUAUGCGGCAUUUACUCAAUAAUCGUGUGUCAGCAGAACUUUCGGUUCCCGACUUGUUGGAUUUGACUACGUUAAGCUGGAAAGCUGAUUUAAGCUCAACUGAGCCAUUUUGGGAAUCUUGGUUUCGUGGUCUCUCAAAAAAUUUUUUGUUAUUCAAGGGGGCUAAAUUGUUAAUUUUGUCAGCUCAUGAAACUCUAGACAAGACAUUGAUAAUUGGUCAGAUGCAAGGAAAGUACCAGUUGGUUGUUUUCAAUAAUAGCGAAAAGGCAGGCCACUUUGUUCACGAAGACUUGCCUGUGCAUGUGGCUCAAUGCGUGACUGAUUUUAUUCAAAAAACAACGUCACCAGAGAAAUUCAUGAAAGACAAUUUAGGGUUUGUACCUAAAUGGGGUGGCAACAUACAUACAUAA